AGGCUGGAGGUCAACCCUUGCGGCAGCUUUUAUUGGACGUGCUGCUGUCAAGCAGUGCCGAAGAAUUGGAAGGACAAAUGCUAGAAAGGCAGAGAAAAAUACUUAAAUAAUUCACCAUUAUGUAGCGAAUUUCUGUAUUUUGCGUUUAUAAAGAACAAUCACCCACCUUCCUUUCUGAAAAGCGAAACUUGGGGACGCGCAGCGGUGUGUUUUUAUGCGAUUGGUCUGAUCCAGAGGAGGUACCUCUUCAACAGAUAAUUUGACAGCACUCUUCAUAUUUUUUUCAGAAAGAGGAAAAAAAUUGCAACUAAUUUUUACCCAGUUUUCUAUCUGUCGGGUCGUCUUCAAGCUGACAGUGGAUGUCUGAAUGAAGAUUCUACCAAAAGAUUUCUGUUUCGCCUAAUUUGUAUUUUUUGGCAGAUAAAUGGCAUGUUUUGUCGGACUAAAUUGCAUUUUGUUGCAAGGGGGAGUCUUGAGAUUGGAGCGACAGUCGAGGGGAGCACCAUGCAGUGUGAAUAUUGUAGCCUGUUGAUGAUGGGGUAUAUGAGGCUGGAACAAACUGUCGUGAGAACCGGAUUGUGGCCAAUGUCUUGAAAUGAAGUGGCUAACCAGAUAGUCAAAGAAAAACAGUAGUCCAAUGGAAUUGGAUGGUUUUGGGUGGGGAGGACCGUUUCAGCAGAAGGCUUAUUGGACGAACAUGGAUACAACUUUUGCUUGAAUUCAACCAGAAGACUGACGUUUACUUGAAAAGAGUAAAGUUUUAAAAAAUACAUACAUUCAGAGAGAGAGAGGGAGCAAAUGAUGUACGAAUCCGAGGCGGGGAAGCCGUGUGAUGGAGGAUAAAUUGUCCCUGGAAUACGACCAUAGAACAGCGGCAUUCUAGAAUAACGGGAUUCGUGUUAGCAAGAAUAAAACGGCGCGUGAAGAAAAUCUCUCUAAAUUGCUUCAUGUAAAAAAAAAAAAUCGGAGAGAGGAAAUCUGUUUCCUGGUUAGGGGGGGUGGGUGGGUGGUGGGAAGGAACGUCUAUUAUUCAUGCUUAGUGUUAGGGAAACUGGAGAGAGCGUUUAGCAUUUACGAUUUAUAAAGAGGGAGAAAAAGACCUCCAGGAGAUACCGAAUGACAGUCGUCCAGGUAUUAGUAAAGCACUUGAGCUAGCGGGAUUGGCAGAAGUGGGGUUGAAGCAUGGGCUGUGCUUCAAGCAUUCAUAUCUCCGAUAGGGUGGUCUAUCAAAGUGGAAAGGAAUCAGACGAUUCCCAGCAGACCAAUACCACUCCUGCCCCAGGACUUCUGAUCAAACCCAACGCUAUCAAGAACACAUUUACCCAGGUGCAGUUUGGACCAAUGAGGUUAUACGAAGAUCAUCUUGAGGUACUGUUAGUAUUUGCCAAAGAGGACAGCCAGAAUAAUGGGUUCUGCUGGGCGUGUGAGAAGGCCAACUUCAGGUGUAACGUGGCGAGGACGCCAGAGGCGGCGCUGGAGUGUUUCCAGGAAAAGCACCACGACCUCGUCAUCAUCGACCACAGACAUUCCAGAUACUUCGACGCUGAAUCACUAUGCCGGUCGAUCAGGGCGGUGACCUCUUCAGAAAACACUGUGAUAGUUGCUGUAGUAAAAAGGCCAGACAGGGAGGAGGCCUCGGUGAUGCCCCUUAUCAAUGCUGGCUUUAACAGGAGAUAUGUGGAGAACGCUAACAUGAUGGCCUGUUACAAUGAGCUGCUGCAGCUGGAGCAUGGAGAAGUUCUGGCACAGUUCAAACUGAGGGCGUGUAAUGCUAUCUUCACAGCAUUAGAGCAGAGUCAGGAGGCCAUAGAGAUCACCAAUGAGGAUCAAGUCAUCCAGUAUGUGAACCCUGCCUACGAGAGCAUCAUGGGUUACCAGCAAGGUGAACUAAUAGGGAAGGAUAUAAUAGAAGUGCCUAAAAGUGAAAAGAAUAAGCCUGAUCUCCUUGAAACGAUAAACUCCUGCAUACGGAAAGGAAAGGAGUGGCAGGGGAUUUAUUAUGCCAAAAAGAAGAACGGGGACAGUGUGCAACAAAAUGUGAAGAUCACACCUGUGAUCGGACAGGGAGGUAAAAUCAGACACUACGUGUCUAUCCACAGGCCUUUACAUGAUCACAAUAAGACAUCCAGUGAACGGGUGCAGGCAGAGUCUCAGACAGACAUCCAGUCCAGUAAGCAUAAGGACCGGAGGAAAGGCUCGUUGGACGUCAGAUCGACUACGUCUCGAGGGAGCGAUGGCAGUUCCCAGAGAAGACACUCCUCCAUGGCCAGAAUCCACUCCAUGACCAUCGAAGCUCCAAUCACCAAGGUGAUCAACAUCAUCAACGCAGCCCAGGAGUCUAGUCCAAUGCCCGUAGCAGAGGCCCUGGACCGGGUCCUGGAGAUCCUGAGGACCACAGAGCUCUACUCUCCUCAGCUGGGCACCAAGGAGGAAGACCCCCAUACUAACGACCUGGUGGGAGGACUGAUGACGGAUGGCUUGCGCAGAUUAUCAGGAAACGAAUACAUCUUUGCUACGAAGCAGCCCCACCUCCCAAGUCACCUAGCCAUGCCCCUGUCGUUGAAUGACAUCCCUCCUCACGUUGCCCAGACAAUGGAGAAUGAAGACUCCUGGGACUUUGACAUCUUCAACCUGGAGACUGCCUGUCUGAAACGGCCUCUGACCUAUCUGGGCCUGAAGAUCUUCUCUCGGUUCGGGGUGUGUGAGUUCCUGAGCUGUCCCGAGGCCACUCUCCGCUCCUGGCUGCAGGGGAUCGAGGCUAACUACCACUCCACCAACUCCUACCACAACUCCUCACAUGCUGCCGAUGUCCUGCACGCUACCGCAUACUUCCUCUGCAAGGAGAGGGUCAAGCAAAGUCUGGAGCAGAUUGAUGAGGUGGCGGCUCUGAUAGCAGCCACGGUACACGACGUGGAUCACCCGGGACGCACCAACAGCUUCCUGUGUAACGCAGGAAGUGAGCUGGCCAUCUUGUACAAUGACACGGCCGUGCUAGAGAGCCACCACGCUGCCCUUGCCUUCCAGAUCACCACACGGGACGACAAGUGUAACAUCUUCAAGAACAUGGAGAGGAAUGAGUACCGUACACUGCGUCAGGCCAUCAUAGACAUGGUGCUCGCCACAGAGAUGACAAAACACUUUGAGCACGUCAACAAGUUCGUCAACAGCAUCAACAAGCCGCUGGCCGCGCUGGAGGAGAACGGGGGAAUCGGCGACGAGGAGUCUGUCAAAGGCAUCCUAACGUCCCCAGACAACCGGAUCCUUGUCAAGCGCAUGCUGAUCAAGUGUGCCGACAUCUCCAAUCCGUGCCGACCGCUGGAGCUGUGUAUAGAAUGGGCCGGACGCAUCUCAGAAGAAUACUUUGCACAGACUGAUGAGGAGAAGAGGCAGAGUCUACCGGUGGUCAUGCCUGUGUUUGACAGGAACACCUGCAGCAUUCCUAAGUCCCAGAUCUCCUUCAUAGACUACUUCAUCACAGACAUGUUCGACGCCUGGGAUGCGUUCGCAGACCUUCCCAACCUCAUGCAGCACCUGGACAACAACUUCAAGUACUGGAAAGGCCUGGACGAGCGGAAGCUGCACAGCCUGCGUCCUCCCCCAGAGUAGGAGCACCCUGACUGGGGUCGAUGCCAGGCCCUGGGCCCCUCCUUGGUUCCUGUCCGUCCAGGGCUACCAAGCCUUCACUCUUCUGCUUCUGUAACACGCCAUCAAGCGUCCACAUGUCCGUCCAACAGAGACAACACAUACUGACAGACGGACGGACGGACGGACGGACAUGCUGCAGCAACACCAGGCUCUUGCUUCAUACAUAAACCUCGCUAGCUGAGGAUGGAUGAUGGACAGACACACGGAGCCUCAGAGUCCUUAUAAACUACCAGUGCCUGGUGGGCUUGUCUGUAUGCUCCUACUGCUGCCAGUGAGGCUGUGUGAGGGACUGUUCUUCUCCCAGCCAACCUAGUGAUGGAUGUACCGUGCCCCUAAUACUCACACACACACACGGGUUCCCCCUGUCUCUCUCUCUGUCUCUGUCAGUCAGAGACUGAUGAUGUUACUGUCUCUCUGUCAGUCAGAGACUGAUAAUGUUACUGUCUCUCUGUCAGUCAGAGACUGAUGAUGUUACUGUCUCUCUGCAGACUGACUGCUGGUUCACUGUUGGUAGAGCUACGGAGAAACACACACAAACUGAACAUUGAGAUGUCAGGUGGUUUCAAGUCUCUGGCACCUCCAAUGAAAAACUGUUUGGAGGAUCAGCUGAUGGGACAGGUCACAAUACACCGUUUUUUCCUUCCAAAUGGCACCCUAUUCCCUAUAUAGUGCACUACUUUUAGGAUAAAAGAGUCUAUGGGGCUCUGGUCAUAAGAAGUGCACUUUAUAUAGAGAAUAGGGUUCCAUUUGGGAUGGCCCACAAUGUCAAAUCCACGUCAGACCGUACUACCCAGUGUGUGGUGGGCAUUCGACCGGAUAAAUCCCUAUAUCGCCCCCCAGUGGCCACCAGGUUGAACUACACUCCACCUCCACCAGCUGCCACCAUCACCCUUCACUAUGUCUUCUAGCUGUACUGCCACUAUCACCCUUCACUAUGUCUUCUAGCUGUAUUUCCUUUGUUUCUUUGUCCUUCAGAAGCACCUCGUCCAGUAGAGGACCUGUAGCGACGGGAUGGGACACGAGGCCGUCCUAAACACACUAAAAUUGUGUUCCAUAUAACACCCUAUUCCCUUUAUAGUGCACUACUUUUGACCAGAACCCUAGUCAAGAGUAGUGCACUAUUGCCGUAUAGGCCCUGGUCAAAUGUAGUGCACUAUAAAGGGAAUAGGGUGCCAUUUUGGGACGCAUCCAGAGACAUACGGUUGGGUGGGGUGGGGGUGUGACCACGGGUGUUCAGUGGGUGGAGCUAAUUAACUGUCCUCAGGACACUGGUGAAAGACACAAACAUUCAGACAUCUUGGUCAUAGCUAGGUCAUUAUUACAGACAAUUUGGUAUUUUUAUUUUGUUUUAAAUGUUCCAUAUUUUCUUUAUAUAAAAAAAAAAUGAGUAACAUCAAUUAAUGAAUUAUCUGAUGAUGAGGAUGAUGACGAUGAUGAAGAAAUUAGAACAAAAAUAAGAAAAUAUGAAAGAAAGAAAAGCCAAAGCUGAAUAACAUAAUAUUAUAUAACUCUCUGAGUCUUGUCGAGGAUGAGGAGGAGGAGGAUUAUUAUCCAGAAGAAAACAUUAACGUUAUAAACAUUUUUUUAUUUUAGUACAGUAUCAGUUUGAAUGGACAUCUUUGUAUUGCACUGUAAAACAACAGUUGAAUUGUCUAUAAUGUCUCAGUGAUUUAGUCCAUGGAUGGGAAUCGGGACAUUAACUUGUGGGAUAAGCUGUUGUUGUUGUCUAUCUCUGUGAGUUUGUAUGUGUGUGUCACAUUUCAGUUGAAUACAUUCAGUUGGACAACUGACUAGGUAUCCCCCCCUUUCCAUCGGCAAUCCCACCCGUCGGUGGAUUUAACAAACGCUGUUGACCAACAAAAGGAACUCGCGUCAUCCCGCUACAGCAGAAAUCUGAGAACAAGAAAAACUAUGUUUUGGACUAGAAAGAGGAUUUUUCUCACAGAAAUGUUUGUAUCAGGUUUAUCCUACUGAAACAUACUGCCUUAUUUUAUACAAUAUUUCUACAGUACAUCGUAGAGCUACAGUACAUCGUCCCAGCUACAGUACAUCGUCCCAGCUACAGUACAUCGUCCCAGCUACAGUACAUCGAAGAGCUACAGUACAUCGUCCCAGCUACAGUACAUCGCCCCAGCUACAGUACAUCGUCCCAGCUACAGUACAUCGUCCCAGCUACAGUACAUCGUCCCAGCUACAGUACAUCGUAGAGCUACAGUACAUCGUCCCAGCUACAGUACAUUGUCCCAGCUACAGUACAUCGUAGAGCUACAGUACAUCAGCCCAGCUACAAUACAUCGUAGAGCUACAGUACAUCGUCCCAGCUACAGUACAUCAUCCCAGCUACAGUACAUCAUCCCAGCUACAGUACAUCGUCCCAGCUACAGUACAUCGUAGAGCUACAGUACAUCGCCCCAGCUACAGUACAUCGUAGAGCUACAGUACAUUGUCCCAGCUACAGUACAUUGUAGAGCUACAGUACAUCGUCCCAGCUACAGUACAUCGUCCCAGCUACAGUACAUCGUCCCAGCUACAGUACAUCGUAGAGCUACAGUACAUCGUCCCAGCUACAGUACAUUGUCCCAGCUACAGUACAUCGUCCCAGCUACAGUACAUCAUCCCAGCUACAGUACAUCGUAGAGCUACAGUACAUCAUCCCAGCUACAGUACAUCAUCCCAGCUACAGUACAUCGUAGAACUACAGUACAUCGUCCCAGCUACAGUACAUCGUCCCAGCUACAGUACAUCAUCCCAGCUACAGUACAUCGUAGAGCUACAGUACAUCAGCCCAGCUAUAGUACAUCAUAGAGCUACAGUACAUCGUCCCAGCUACAGUACAUCGUCCCAGCUUACAUCGUCCCAGCUACAGUACACCGUAGAACUACAGUACAUCCCACUGUGCAACGGAUAAGGACAUAUGGACGUUUUUUAAUAACAUAGUCAGAAAACAAAUGUAUGUUCAAGUAAAUGUCAAUAUUUUUAUAGACUGAAUUUUACACUGGAGUGACAGGAAUAACAGAACAACUUAUUAACUAUCUGGGUACCUGCUGUGAAAUGUUUUGUUGGGUUGGUAGAGAGACAUUUCACUUCUGAAAACAUAGAAACUCUGUCUGUGUCCUAAAUUGCACUCUAUUCCCUAUAUGGUGCAUCUCUGGUUAAAAGUAGUGCACUAUAUAGGGAAUAGGUUGCCAGCCCUGGUCUAAAGUAGUGCACUAUAUAGGGAAUAGGGUGCCAGCCCUGAUCUAAAGUAGUGCACUAUAUAGGGAAUAGGGUGCCAUUUGGUACGCACUCUAUAUGAUUCUAAUUAUUAAGGAUGUGGAUCACAGAAUUGUCUAUCACUGUCUUUUCCCCUCUGUCUCCUAGAAACCAGCUUGCUUUGACUUGAUGUUGACCAACGUCGUCCUAUUAUUGGCCAUUUGUUCAAGAUCCUUGUAACAUGCAGACAAGGAGUCUCUACCCAGGGUGCUCUGCCCAAGGGAGCUUUCAGAUGAGGAUCCUAAUAUAUGUUUAACAAUGUUGCUUAUUAAGAUGAUUUCUUAUUUAAACAGUAUAUAUAUAAAAUACCAGAACACAUAAGCGAACGUCGGUUGAUGAUGAUGUGUUUUGUUAUUAUUGACCGAUGAGUAACUUAAUAACUCUUUCAGGCUGAAUUGAACACUGAAUCAGGGAAUUAGUUUGUUCCUUAUGAUUCACUACUACUUCUGGUCUGAAGGCACCGGGAAAAAAAUGAAACAAAUUAGAAAUGAAUCAAUGGAGAAUAAAAUAAUGACAAUGA